CCAUGCCCCAUCUUACAGAUGCACAGAGCAAGGACCAUCUAGAAAGCUUUGAGGAGUUUUUCGAGCAUCUCAAUCGGGCCACGAAAGCGGUUCUUCCUAGAUCAGUCAGGAGAUAUCAUGACGUUGUUGUCCUUCUUUUACGAUGGCAAGAUGAUGAUCUAGGAACAGAAACUGAAGUUAAUGACCUAGAGAGUGUACUCCGAGAUUUAUACCAUUACCGAACCGAAAGAUAUUUGAUUCCGUCAAGCGAUUCGGCGACUCAGCUGGAGUACCGACUCAAUGAUUUCCGCAAAGCUCAUGAUCGUGAUUCCAGCCUUUUAUUGCUAUAUUAUGGCGGUCAUGGUUCCCUCGACUUCAACAAGCAACGGCCAAGUAGAAGUGUUUGGCAAGCCACCCGAGUUGGAGGCGCAUCGCUGAUAUGGUCUGAUCUGCAAGGUAUCCUUGAACGCGCCAAAUCCGACGUUGUUUUCAUUCUAGAUUGUUGUUUCGCUGCAAGUGCAGCAAGAUGUGCUGGCUCAAAAGAGGGGCUUUGGGCAUGCAAUUCGGAGGUUACUACGACUGGGGUUAACGACAACUCCUUCACACGAAACCUCAUCGAAGAGCUCAAGUCAUUGAGUACGUCACGAUUCAAUAUUGCUAUGCUGCACGCCCGACUCAUGAAGCGGUACCGGAAGCCUGGUCCUCAUAUGCUUCUUACUGAGCCUUGGUACACCUACCUUGGAGAUACUGCUCUAGCCUCUACUGAAAUCUCCCCCCAACCAUCGAUUCAGACGGACACGCCAGGUAAAAUUUCCUGUGUCAUAAGUCCCAGUUACAGACUCUAAACUAUCCUC